CAAACGCUGCAUUCAUCCAGUCCAGACUGCAGACUGGCUGCCGCAGGAACUUCCACUUUCCUUUGCAGCAGCAGGCUCGAGUCGGGCCGACGAUGUGGAGGGUGUGCGGGCUGCUUUGCGCGUGGGCUCUCGCCCUCCUCGCCCGAGACUGUAGCGCCCAGUCUCAGAGGAGACCCUCUCAUACAUGCGGGGGGAACUUCACAGGACAAACUGGAAUAAUCGGGAGUCAGGGGUACCCUGGAGUUUACCCUCCAAAUACGAAAUGCGUGUGGAGGAUCACAGUCCCGGAAGGCAAAGUGGUGGUGCUGACGUUCCGCUCCCUCGACUUGGAGAACGACAGCAUGUGUCGCUACGACUACGUGGACGUGCACAGCGGCCACGGCAACGGCCAGCGGCUGGGCCGGUUCUGCGGCACGCUCAAGCCCGGGCCGCUGGUUUCCACCGGCAACAAGAUGACCUUGCAGAUGGUGUCGGACGCCAACACGGCCGGCAGCGGCUUCCUGUCCGUUUUCUCCGCCGCGCAGCCCAACGAGAGAGGGGAUCAGUACUGCGGAGGCAGACUGGACAAACCUUCCGGAACGUUUAAAACUCCCAACUGGCCCGACAGGGACUACCCGGCAGGUGUCACCUGCUCUUGGCACAUAGUGGCACCGAAGAACCAGAUCAUCGAAGUCAAGUUCGAGAAGUUCGAUGUGGAGCGGGAUAACUACUGCCGCUACGACCACGUCUCCAUUUUCAACGGCGGCGAGAUCAACGACGCCAGGAGGAUCGGGAAGUACUGCGGCGACAGCCCGCCGGCGCCCGUGUACUCGGAGGGCAACCAGCUCUUCGUCCACUUCCUGUCAGACCUCAGCCUGACGGCGGACGGCUUCAUCGGCCACUACAAGUUCCGCCCCAAGAGGUUCUCCGUCACGACCACGCCGGUGCCCACCACCACACAGCCCGUCACCACCAGGCCCAUACGUAGUAUCUGUGUGCCUUUAAGGGGCGGGGCCUGGUGGGGUGGUGCAUGGCGCGGAGAGUCUGCGUGUGAGUGUCUGGGCGUGAGCUGUGGCAGACAGCAGCUUCUGCGUGAGUGUUCUCGUUGCGUUUAUGUGCGGUGGUGCUCCUUACCGACGUGCAAGGAUACUACUCUGAAGUACUCGGUGGCUUUGUGCCGGGAGAAGUGCAAACGACGAGGAACACUUGAGAGUAAUUUUUGCUCCAGCAACUUCGUGAUUACCGGUACGGUCAUCUCGGCGGUGACGCGCGGCGGGAGCGUGCACGCCACCGUGUCCAUCAUUAAGGUGUACAAGGAAGGCAACCUGGCCAUCCAGCAGGCGGGGAAGACCAUGAGCACCAAGAUGGUCAUCCUGUGUAAGAAGUGUCCCUUCGUCAGGAGAGGCUUGAACUACAUCUUCAUGGGCAGCGUGGACGAGGAGGGCCGGGGCAAGGUGGGCCCCCACCACUUCGUGCUGGCCUUCAAGUCCAAGAACCAGAAAGCGCUGAGCGUCCUGAAGAGCAAGCGCUGCUGACGGCGGGGGGAGGGCGGAGCCUACCUGAGCAAAACAUCGUUUGGAUUAGGAGUCGUUCAUUAUGCAUUACAUUUGGAGAUCAUAUAUUCCUCCUUAUUGGUAAAUGAAAAAAAAAUAAUUUAAAAACAAAAACCCAAAAAAAUGAAAAGCAAUGUUUAGAUGUUCAAAUAAGUUAAUAUACUUUUAUUUUUUUUGUACCAGAGUUUUAAAACUAUUCCCAAAUUAUAUUCAUGCAAAUUUAUUUAAAACUAUUUUGUGAGUUUGAUAAAUUAAUUCUUCGAAACAAUGUCGUUUCCACUCAAAUACAGUAUAGAACUAUUUUUGUAAUAUUACUUUUUUUAAUGGUGGUCCUUAUAUUCCGUAUUGUAUGGAUCUGUGAAGUAUGACGAAAAUUUAAAAUCCCUAAAUUUAUAUCUAUUUUUUGUAAACAGUGCAAUAUUUGAUACAUAUUGUAUAAACUGAUAUAUAUAUAUAUAAUAUGUGAAUAUUAUUUAUAUUGUCAUGUGCCGUAAUAAAAAUCC